AUGGAAAGCUUUAUAGCAAAAAUAUGCCUCACACUCCUUUUGACAUCUACAGUCUUCUCAGUAGCCUCAUCAAGAAGAGGACCAGCUUCAUCCAGCAACAUAGAUUGGUGGUGCAACCUAACCCCACACCCUGCGCCAUGCAAAUACUACAUCACUACUGCUGAAAGGAAGAGUCAACAUUUCACAUUGAUUAAGCACAGAGCUACCUUCCGGGCAACGCUUGUCGAACAUGCUCUAAACCAAGCCCUCAUCAUGGAGAAAGAAGCACUUGACUCUGAUCAGACCAACAUGCCAACAAGGAACCACAGAACCGUGCAUGCUGACUGCUUGGAGCUCUAUGGAAAAACCAUCUUCCACCUCAACCGCACCCUUGAGUGUUUCCAUGGGAAGCAAAACUGCUCAUCGGUUGAUGCACAGACCUGGCUCAGCACUGCCCUCACAAACAUUCAGACCUGCCAAGAUGGAACAUUUGAACUUGGUGUUCAAGAUUUCAAGGCUCCCAACAACAAUAACAAUGUCACUGAGAUGAUAAGGAACAGCUUGGCCAUCAACAUGGACUUCGUGAAACAUGAUCAUCACACGGAAACAGCUCAUGAAGAUGCGUAUCCAAGUUGGUUUUCAAGGCGAGAGAGGAAAAUGUUGCAGUCCACAACCAUAAAGGCUAAUUUGGUGGUGGCAAAAGAUGGUUCGGGGGAUUUCAGCACUGUGCAAGAUGCUCUCGAUGCUGCAGCAAAGAGGAAGGUGAAGACGAGGUUUGUGAUACAUGUGAAGAAAGGGGUAUAUAAGGAGAAUAUUGAGGUUGCUGUGCACAAUGAUAACGUUAUGCUGGUUGGUGAUGGACUUAGAAACACUGUAAUCACAAGUGGCAGAAGUGUUCAACAAGGUUACACCACUUAUAGCUCUGCAACUGCUGGCAUAGAUGGUCUUCACUUCAUUGCAAGGGACAUCACCUUCCAAAACACGGCCGGACCUCAAAAGGGUCAAGCGGUGGCGCUCCGGUCGGCUUCCGAUCUCUCGGUUUUCUACCGGUGCGCCAUCAUGGGCUACCAAGACACCCUCAUGGCCCACGCACAACGGCAAUUUUACAGGCAAUGCUACAUCUACGGCACCGUUGACUUCAUAUUUGGCAAUGCAGCAGUAGUGUUCCAAAAUUGUUACAUUUACGCCAGAAAGCCCUUGGAGGGCCAAGCCAACAUGAUCACGGCCCAAGGUCGGGGCGACCCGUUUCAGAACUCCGGAAUUUCCAUCCACAAUUCUCAAAUUCGGGCCGCCCCGGAUCUCAGGCCCGUUGUUGACAAAUACAACACCUUCUUGGGUAGGCCAUGGCAACAGUACUCAAGAGUUGUGGUCAUGAAAACUUUCAUAGACACUUUGGUUAGCCCACUGGGCUGGUCCCCAUGGGAUAAUUCCAACUUUGCUCAAGACACACUUUAUUAUGGUGAGUAUGAAAACUAUGGGCCUGGUGCAUCUACAAGUAACAGAGUGAAAUGGCCCGGGUUUCAUGUGAUUACAAGCCCAGCUGAAGCCUCUCAAUUUACAGUCACACGCCUCCUUGCAGGCCCAACGUGGUUGGGCUCUACAACUGUGCCAUUUACCUCUGGUCUUUGA